AUAGCAGAGGACGGGGAAACAUAACGGGUCUCGUUCGUCCUGCUUUUUUUAUCAAUUUACAACUCGACGAGCUUAUUAUCGUGAUCUGUUUGUGUAAAAACGUAAUCGGUAAAUAUUAAUAAGUGUUUAGCGUUAACAUUUUAGUGCCGUGCGCGUUUCGUAGUGAGUGAAAACGUAUUACAAGUGAUCGUCCAUGAUGGCGGAGUGUUUUAAGGAAAUGUUUGUUUAGGAUUAUAAAUCCGUCGUGUUUUCGCCCGUAAUGACUUUAUUAAACGAGGCAGCAUGGGGCGGCACAGCGCGGUGAUGCCGGGCUGAUGAGCCUCCUCUGCUGCCGCCGCCACCGCGCGCGCACAGACAUGGGCGCCGCGCUCUCGCUGCAUCCCCAGGAGGGCGAGGGCUGCGACGGCGCCGGCGCGCCGGCCGCACCACCCACCAUGGCUGACGUCAUACGGGAGAGGAAGAAGAAGGCGGGUGGUGCGGGGCUCGGCACGCUGCGGCGCCGCAUCGCCGCCGCCGCGCGCCGCCCGCGCGACCGCCCCGACAGAGGUUGCGAGCACGCGCGCUUCAUCCGCGGCGUGGUGAGCUCGUGGCGCCUGGCGGAGGUGUUCCUGCUGUGCGAGGAGCUGGAGGCCGGCGCUGCGCUGCGGGACCUGGUGACGCAGGCCGAGCUGGCCCGCGAGCCCGCGCCGGCGCUGCACGCCCAGCUGCACGCGCUGCAGCAAGACAGGCGUUGGUGCGACGUGGAGCUGGUGGGGUCCGGCUGGGUGCUGCCGGCGCACCGCGCGCUGCUGGCGGCGCGCUGCAGCUACUUCAGGGAGCUGCUGCUGCACUACCCCAGCGGUCCAUGCCGCGUGCCGCUGGAGGGCGCGAUGGCGGAGCUGCCGCGCGGGGACGUGGAGGCGCUCGUGGCGGCGCUGUACGCCGGCCCCCACGCACAGCACUACAGCGGGACGAGGCACGACACCCGUAACGGUCCAUGCCGCGUGCCGCUGGAGGGCGCGAUGGCGGAGCUGCCGCGCGGGGACGUGGAGGCGCUCGUGGCGGCGCUGUACGCCGGCCCCCACGCACAGCACUACAGCGGGACGAGCGGUCCAUGCCGCGUGCCGCUGGAGGGCGCGAUGGCGGAGCUGCCGCGCGGGGACGUGGAGGCGCUCGUGGCGGCGCUGUACGCCGGCCCCCACGCACAGCACUACAGCGGGACGAGGCACGACACCCACUGCGAGCGCGGGUUCAGCUCGGACGGGAACCUGGACAUCAUCAACGUGGAGAGCGGCGGAUCAUGUUCGUGCUCGCUGGGCUCGGCGGGCAGCGUGCGGCGGCUGGCCGAGCGGCUGGGCGCGCGGCUCGGCGACCUGCACCGCGACAUGCGCUACCUGCUCGACUCUGGAGAGUACGCGGACGCUCGGCUGGUGUUCGCGGCGGAGGGCGGGGCGGCCUUCGGGUUCCGAUGCGCGCUGGAGCUGCCCUGCCACCGCGUGAUACUGGCUGCCCGGAGUCGCUUCUUCAGGAGUGUGCUGUCCCGGCGCACGGCGGGCGGCGCGGUGUGCGUGGACGAGAGGGUGCUGCCGCGGCGGUUCGCCAGGGCUCUGCUGCACGCCGCCUACACCGACCAGGUGGACCUCACGUUGAUCGGCCGCGCUUCCAACUCGCCCACCAACACCAUCAGCAGUGCCGCGGCGUGGGCGGGGGUAGGGCGCGGCGCGGGGCGGGCGGGCGCGCCCUCCACCGCCAUGCUGGACGACGCCGCGCAGCUCUACGAGAUCGCCAGGUUCCUGGAGAUGCCGAUAGUGGCCCAGGGUUGCGAAGACGCCAUAGUGUCAGCUCUGUGCCCUGAGAGUCUGCCGCACGUGCUGCGGUGGACCGCCACGCCCGUCGCCAGCCAGUGGGUGCACCGACAAGCGAUGCGCUACCUCCGCGACGAGUUCCCUACCAUCAUGUCGCACGCCGCCGCCGCCAAGCUGCCGCGCGCCGCGCUGGCCGCCGCACUAGCGUCGCCCUUCACGCAGUGCAGCGAGGCGCAGGCAUUAAGGGCGUUGCUGCGGCUUGCCGAGCGAGCCAAACAAGCCGGUGAGUCUAGAGUUCCCACCGCCAUGCCGCACUCUGGCCGCCGCACUAGCAUCGCCCUUUAUCCAGUGCAGCGAGGCGCAGGGCGCUGCUGCGGCUUGCCGAGCGAGCCAAACAAGCCGGUGAGUCUAGAGUUCCCACCGCCAUGCCGCACUCUGGCCGCCGCACUAGCGUCGCCCUUCACGCAGUGCAGCGAGGCGCAGGCAUUAAGGGCGCUGCUGCGGCUUGCCGAGCGAGCCAAACAAGCCGGGCGCUGCUGCGGCUUGCCGAGCGAGCCAAACAAGUCGGUGAGUCUAGAGUUCCCACCGCCAUGCCGCACUCUGGCCGCCGCACUACCGUCGCCCUUCACGCAGUGCAGCGAGGCGCAGGCAUUAAGGGCGCUGCUGCGGCUUGCCGAGCGAGCCAAACAAGCCGGGCGCUACUGCGGCUUGCCGAGCGAGCCAAACAAGCCGGUGAGUCUAGAGUUCCCACCGCCAUGCCGCACUCUGGCCGCCGCACUAGCGUCGCCCUUCACGCAGUGCAGCGAGGCGCAGGCAUUAAGGGCGCUACUGCGGCUUGCCGAGCGAGCCAAACAAGCCGGGCGCUGCUGCGGCUUGCCGAGCGAGCCAAACAAGCCGGUGAGUCUAGAGUUCCCACCGCCAUGCCGCACUCUGGCCGCCGCACUAGCGUCGCCCUUCACGCAGUGCAGCGAGGCGCAGGCAUUAAGGGCGCUACUGCGGCUUGCCGAGCGAGCCAAACAAGCCGGGCGCUACUGCGGCUUGCCGAGCGAGCCAAACAAGCCGGUGAGUCUAGAGUUCCCACCGCCAUGCCGCACUCUGGCCGCCGCACUAGCGUCGCCCUUCACGCAUUGCAGCGAGGCGCAGGCAUUAAGGGCGCUGCUGCGGCUUGCCGAGCGAGCCAAACAAGCCGAACCGGCACUAGUGUGGAGCGGCGGGGGGUCCCGCCGACGGAGGUCGCUACCGGACGCGGCGCUGUGCGGAGCCCUGGGGUCCCUGGCGGCGCACGUUCGUACGGAGCACCUGGGCGCCGCGCCGCUCGCGCCGCAGCUGCACCAGGCCAUACGGAGAGGCAUCGUGCCGGCGCCGGCGCCGGCGGCGGCGGAGGGCGCGCGCGCGGCCGACGCGUGGCUGGGGCGCGGCGCCGCCCGCCCGCCGCGCUACUUCCUGCCCUACCUCGACGAGCUCAAGGCGUUGUUGGAAGACCAGGCGGUGCCAGAGGCCGAGGUGGCCAGAAUCCGGCGCUCGAGGUAUCUUCACAGGAUACCGGACACCCUGUAUAUGGUGGCGGCGGAGCGCGGCGGCGUCCCCCCCGCGCCCUCCCCCUCGUCGUGCGCCGCGGAGAGCGCCUGCGUCUCACCCCGCGUGCUGGCGGCGCUACGGGCCAGAGUGAGAGAGCUGCGCGCCUCCCCGCCCGCCGCCAGGGCGCUAGCGCUGCAGGCUAGCGACAGGAAGGCGUGCAGUCUACAGAUCGCGCUGCGCGCCGUGCGGGAGGUGUCGCUGCCGGACUCGUGCGCCGAGCUGCUGCUGGCCGAGCCGGACGGCGAGCCGGACGCCGGCGACCGACAGGGCGGUUGGGAGUCCCCCGAGGCGGAGCGCGAGGCGUGGCCCGACCCCGACUGCUGCAGAGCGACGGGUUCGCUGCGCUGCGCGUCGGCCGGCAGCCUGCGCGGGCCCGGCGCGCACGCGCCGCACGGCACCCAAGUUUUCAUAUCUGGGCAGCGAAUGGUUAAAAUAUAUGAAAUGAUCAUAAAAAGUAAUAUAUGUAUGAUAUUUACAGAACGCGCGGGCACGUGUCGACGAGAGCCGUCGCGGCUGGACGCGCAACACAGACGGUGGGAGGGCGCGGACGGGCUGUCGGCCGCGGUGCCCGACGUGGCGAUGGCGCCCAACGGCAACACGCACCUACUCACGGCGAGGGACCUGGCUCGCCUGCCGCACAAAGAGUACGGCGUGCUGCAGCUGGACCUGGGCGACGGCGCCACGCACACGCCCCGCCCCGGGUCCCGCGCGGCGCGCGCCGGCCGCCCGCCGCCGAGGGACGCCUCUCAGUCGAGCUCCCGCCGGAGCGACGAGGAGGAGCUCCGCGCCGCCAUCGAGCUCUCCGUCAUGAGGGGUGAGUACACACAUACACACACACACAGUCGAGCUCCCGCCGGAGCGACGAGGAGGAGCUCCGCGCCGCCAUCGAGCUCUCCGUCAUGA